CCUUCGUCUCCAAAGUCUCCGUUGUAGACAUCUCAGAAAAUUCCCCGCAGAGGCGCAGACGAGGUGCGACUUUCGUUCCUCUUCGCCGCUCGCCGCUGAACCCCGACUAGCCGGCGGAGUCGGGAGCACACGGGAUCCGCGGAGGCGCGAGGACAUGGCCAACUCCUCCUCCUCCUCACGCUUCGGCUUCGCCGCCGCCGCCCCCUUCUCCGACCAAGUGCUCCUGCCCAGGGAGGGCAUCAGGUUUGAAGCUGAAGAGGCCAGGCUGAGAUUUCUGUCGGUUUGCUUUUAAACACUUGCCCCAAACCAGCGUGGCUAAGAGAAGGCAGGGUCCAUGAAGUUGCAUUUGGCUUUCUCAGUGAUGGAGAAGUGCAGGCUGCAACGCAGGAUACAACCAACUCCUCGUGCUCCGUCGCUGCCUUCUCUGAGGCCGGGUUGUGUCUCUAUCGACUUCCACGCCAUCAGCUUUGCGGUUGCCAUCAUGGUGGGAUUCAUGCUGAAGAGAAGCCUGUGCCAGUGGGCUGUUAGGACGCUCAAGAGAGUCAAGGAUGAUACGAAAAAGGGUUUCCCCCCGCUUUGUAUGACAAAGCAACCAUCCGAUACAACCAACGAUAGGCGCUGGGGCGGAAGCAGCACAAACACGCCCAAAAGAAAUGAAAGAGAAAAAAGAAAAGAAACAAAUGCCGAUAACGUCGAAUCGACAAAAACGACGAAGCCUCGUGACCGCUGCGUCCACCGGAGAUCGCCCACCAAGCUCCGAGACUCCGAAGCGCCGGUACCAAUCAACUCCUCCAAGAAGGGAUGCGACAAUGACGACGCAGCUGCCAAGGGUUUCCCCCAGUACGCGGCGAGGAGAGAGGAAGGGUAGCCCCGACGCCCUCCAGGAAGGUCCGGCGGCACCCUCAGGCGCCACAGCGUCGGUGUCGGCCAAGCCAACAGGGAUUUCUCCCGAUCCCAGCCUCUACCUCAGGCACUUCGAAGCUCGCCACCAAACCGACCACCACCCUGCGCCAACACGGACACGAAGUUUCGCACGCUGUCUCACCACGGCACCGCGAAGAUGGUCUACACAACGAAGAAGAGGAGCCGGGACUAGGGCAGCAGCACCGUCGGCAUACGGGAGGGCCCCACCUCCACCGUCCACGACGGUAGCCGACCGGACGCCAUAGCAGGAGCCUACCGGGCCCGUGGCCCCACAGGCCCGGCCGGGCCCUCAAAGGCCUGGACAGCUCCCGCUUCCGCGCAGCAGCUGGCACUCCGUCGGCGUCGCUGUCCCAGUCCAAGCCGCUCCCCUGCCUCCCCAUACAGAGAGCGUCGCGGUCGCGCCGGAGCCGACCCGCAAGGACCCAGAAGGGACCCUACAGACUCAGAUCUGGGCCAGGGACACGCCACCGGCCGGCCAGCAUCACCGGACCGCCCUGCCGCCAAGAGGCAGCACCACCACGGCGAGCGCCGCCGGCCUCCGCACCAGGACGCCGGACCGCCACCGGCCGAGGCGCACCGCCGCCGGCCAUCACCGCCCGAGCAGGGGAGGGCCGCGCGCGGGGAAGGGCAUGCCCACCGCCGCCAGCACCACGCGGCCGAGGACCGGCGGCGCACGCUGACGGCGGCGGGAGGAGGGAAGGGCGCGGGGGAGGGCUGGAGGAGCGCGGAGGAAGGGCCCCCGGGCGCCUCGCUCGGGGAGGCGGC